AGAGAAACCUACGUCAUCAGCAUAUCUGGGGCAAUGGUUUUCCUGUUAGCUUAGUGAGACUAAUAACGGCGUGAACAAAAAUGGUUGCUUAUUGCCCCAUCUGUGGAAAGCCAGUUUAUUUUGGAGAAAAGAAGCGCUCCCUUGGAAGAGAUUAUCAUCCGCUAUGCCUGAAAUGCUACCAGUGCAAGAGGCAGCUCAGCUCUGGACAGCAUGCAGAGCAUGAUGACAAGCCCUACUGCACCCACUGCUACAUGAAGCAAUUUGGGCCCAGAGGACCAAGACGGUGAGCAUCUCCCAAGUUCCAGGGGUGGCAGCUUUAUACAGACAUUCAUCUUACAGCCAGAAGACACCUCAGAAGAGUGACAACACCUUUAAUUUGUCACCAGAAAAUGCUUUGAAGGCUUCAGCAGAUAGCAAAGAGAACUGGAUGUGUUGAAGUCAGGGUGCAGGCUUUGGGGUGGGGGGUGGAGUUCAGUAGCAAAGAAAUUAUAUAAAUAUUACAUGGGAUUGUUUCUGUUUUUGUGUAUAUAUACAAACUCAUAUGUCAUUUGUAAAUGUUUUAAAGAUGUUACCAACAUUAUGUUUACAGGUAUAGUAAUAUGAGCCACUGGCAGCAUAUAAAAUAAAAAAUAUAAAAGAUC